GCGGCGGCGCGGGAAGGGCCGCGGGCGGACUCAGCUGGUGAUCACAGAGGCAAACUGAAAAUUGUUCUGCAUUUAGAACUAGAGAUUUUCCUUGUCUACUUAUCCAGCCUCCAUCAUGAAAAGUGUUUCUCUGAAGGAGGAGAAGAAGAAAAAGAAAAAGAAGGUGGCAGUGACAGCAACAAGCAAAGGGCUGAAAUUUGCAAAGAAGCAGUUGAAGAAACAUGGAUGGAAAAAAGGUAAAGGACUUGGGAAACAAGAAAACGGGAUCUCUGAAGCCCUAAAAGUCAAAAUGAAAUGCAACACAGCUGGGGUGGGGCACAACUCAGCUGAGGAGUUCACCUGCCAUUGGUGGGACCAUCUGUUCAACUCAUCUGCUGCUAGCAUUACAGUAGAAGCCGGGCAGGAUGGGGUCCAAGUGAGAAAAAUCUCUAAACAAGAUGGACCAGUAACAAACAAAAAACCACGCCGAGCCCAGGAGGGGAACAUGCUCUAUGGCCGCUUUGUGAAGGCAGCCACCCUCAUAUCCGGCACAGAGGAGCCUGUGAGCCCUACGUCCACCUCAGACCAGGAGAAGGAGAAAGUGGACCUCUCCACAGUGAGGAGGCUGACCGACAAGGAACUGCUCCAAGCCUGUGGGGGAAGAACAGUCCACAAGGGCGCUCGGCAUGGCCUUACAAUGAGGGCAAAGCUAGCACGGCUGGAAGAGCAGGAAAAGGCUUUCUUGGCUUGCUCUGUCCAGCAGAAGGAAGGAUGGGAGGCUGCCCCCAGCAGUGGCUGCCCUCGCCUACAGUACCCACAGCAAGUCAAGAGAUGCAAAAAAAGCAAAAUUGUGGGUGCCCCAAAGAAAAGUCAGACAGAGGGGGCCUGCAUCAAGGCCAAGACCAAAAAGAAGAAGAAGAAGAAAAAGAAGAAGAAGAAUGCCAAAGAGAUGCACAGGCACUAGGGAAGCCCAGAGCUCAGAGACUCACAGGCCAAGCUUGGCAGCCGGAUGGAGCAGAAGAGGAGCCGCCUCCUGGGCCAGUGGGCUGAAUUGCUGGUAGCUUCAGUCCUGCUUGAAACCAUCUUGCUAAUGUCCCAGAAGCGGAGAGGCUGUUUUCAACUUCCAGUCCUCAUUUUAUCUGACAAAGGACUGGCUGAUUUCCUUCACUAAGGAGUACUUUAGGUUGGAAAGGGUGCAGA